CCGGCGCCGUCUGUGUCCGGGUCGCUCUCGCCGUUCGCUCCGCAGCCGAUACCGCCCGCUCCCCGCUCUCGCUCCCCGUGCUCUCCCCUAGCGCGACACCUGCUUCUCGCACCGGGGCGGUAGCGGCGUCUGCCCGCAGCGAGCGGGGUUGGCAGCGUCCGAAGGGGCUGGGCAGGAGCAGCAGCGGGAGCAGAGCGGGACGGGGUCUCCUCUCGUCUCCCUACCGCCCGUCUCGGGAGGCGGCGGCGGCCGGAGGAAGUGAGCCCGGGGGGGCCUCAGCCGCGGGCCCCGGCAGCGGGGCGGCCCCGCCCCGAGGCAGGACGCUGCCGGUGAAGAAGAAGAGGAAGUCCUCGGGGGCGGCGGCGGCGGACGACACCGGCCUCAAGAAGUGUAAACUCGGCAGAUCACAAGCGUCUGGUAAAGUAAUAAGUGGAGAGGAACAUUUUUCAAGCAAAAAGUGCCUGGCUUGGUUUUAUGAAUAUGCAGGUCCUGAUGAAGUUGUGGGUCCCGAAGGAAUGGAAAAGUUCUGUGAAGACAUCGGUGUUGAGCCUGAAAAUAUUAUUAUGUUAGUUUUAGCCUGGAAACUAGAGGCUGAAAGCAUGGGAUUUUUUACCAAGGAAGAAUGGUUAAAAGGAAUGACCUCAUUACAGUGUGACUGCACAGAAAAAUUACAGAGUAAAUUUGAUUUCUUGCGGUCACAGUUGAAUGACAUUUCAUCCUUUAAGAAUAUCUACAGAUAUGCCUUUGAUUUUGCAAGGGAAAAAGACCAGCGAAGUCUUGAUAUUGAUACUGCGAAGUCCAUGUUAGCUCUUCUGCUUGGAAGAACUUGGCCACUGUUUUCAGUAUUUUAUCAAUACCUGGAGCAAUCGAAGUACAGAGUUAUGAACAAGGAUCAGUGGUACAAUGUACUAGAGUUCAGCAGAACUGUCCAUGCAGAUCUUAGCAACUAUGAUGAAGAUGGUGCAUGGCCUGUGCUUCUGGAUGAAUUUGUUGAAUGGCAAAAAGUUCGUCAAGCAUCAUAGCAAGAAUUCAAAAGAAAAUGCAAAAGUUUUUUUGGUGCCCGCCUGUACACAAAGUAAUGAGAAAAAGGAUUGCAUUUUCGUUCGUAAGAAAGACUUUACAGUAAUUUUUUUCCUUUUUAAGGAAAUUUUCUUGUUACAUGUGAUAUGGGCAUUGAACCACACCUCUUCUGAGACUGAAAGUUGGAGUUCUUGUUUUGAGUCUUAUGUUUAUAGCAUUUAUUUCAGAACAAUAAAGAUUCAGAUUUGUGACAAAGGCCUAAAAGUGAAGAAUGUCCCUUGAAUGUGAGUGUGGUGUCUAUUUUUGAAACCAAAUCUGUAAGAUUAUCUUUCUCAGAAGUGCCCUUUCAGUGAAUUUUUGAAGACCUUAAAAAUGCUUAAUUGGCACUGUUGCUUGCUGAUGGUAUGAUUGUCUUGUGUGGCAAAUGUUAGAAAGAAUGACUGAUUUUAUGAAGCCCUCGGUGGGAGUGUGCUGUUUUCUGUAUCAAGUAUUGGUCAUGGGUUGUGCCACAGUUUUCAGCUCCUUGUGGAGAUAAAGGCCUUAAACUCCUAUUAUUGUUUUUUAUUUCUUUGUUCAUUCCCCACCCAGUGGCAUGGCAUUUAAUGGCAGGCCCUUUUAAAGCAGAAAGAUAUAGAGCAUAUGGCUCUGUGUGCAGAAUGGCUGAAAACUAGUUGCCUGUACUUCAGAUGUGAACACAGAUACUCUUUGGUACAGUAAGGCAGCUUCAGACCUUUACUAUUAUUUAGACUUCGGAUUGCUUUGUAUAAAAGUGCAAUUUAUAUUUUAAAAGGGAAAACUGGAAAUACUUGGUUUCAAGCUUUGCUUCUUAUGUGUUUUAGACUGGAAGCACUCACAACAUGACUUUUUUUCUCUCCCUGGAUGUUUUUUAUAAUGUAAGUCAAGAAGAGACUACUUAAUCACCUACCUGUGACCAUGUAACAGGCUGUAUGUAACAGGCUAUUAAUUUUCGCCCUGUUACUCUGUAUUUUCAGUCCAGUUACUACUGCAAUUGCCCUUUUAGGCAUUCAGUAUUCAUUGCAACCUUUAAAUACAGUAGAAAUUUGUCACUCUACCUUCCUGCCCAGAAGGCCUAACACCACCCUUGAGAAGGAAAGGGAUUUUAAUGAAUAAAUGUGAAAAACCAAAAUGAGUGAAUGAAGCAUUUGUAACUUCUACUUUAUUGUAUAAAUAUAUAAUAUAGACUGUGAUAAUGCCAUGAGACUCAGUCAGUGAUCAAGGCCUCAAUGUGCCAAAUAUUUCAACAGCUUGAAAUAAGAAUAAUGUAAACUAGGCAUGACUUGAAGAUCUUUGCCUCAGGGAAAUGACUUCUGUUUUGCACAUCCCUUAGUCAGACUAACAAGCAUGAGUUUUCCUGUCCUUAAGGAAAGCUUUAUUCCCAAGAUUUAUUUUUUAUUUUUUUUUACAAGGAGAGCAGAAAAAAAAGAAAAGGUGUGAGGAGAAAUGAUAAGCAGGGGUGCAAAGUAGUGGUGUGUGCCUGUGCUGUUAUUCUGCUACUGAGGACCACACUUGCAACUUACUUUCCAGAUCUGCUUGCUGUGGGCUGCAGGAAGCAGUGCAGUGGUGGGCCAGGGGCUGUCCUGCAAGUCAUGCUGAAUCUUAGAAGUUUGGUUUCACCCUAGGGGAAAAAAGCAUCGGGGAAAAAACAAACAACAGUUGGGAUGCUUGGAAGAUCUCUGCUUGUACAAUGGCUAGUGUCUGUGCAUGCAAACAGAUGCACUACAGCUGUUUUACAUAUUUUUCCACUUAUUUUACAGGAAGUAUUUAAUUUUCGACCUCACAUAUGCUGUGGCAUUUCUCUUCAGUGUGUUACAAGUUGCCCAUUUGCAUUGCUGAUAAUUCUGAUUUCACUCAUAACAGAGUGCCUUUCAUUUGCAAAUUGCCCUACCCCACAGAAAGUUUGUGCCAGAAUGAGAUUAACUUCAAGAGUCCCAAGGCCUACUGGUACAGUAAAGUCCUAAGAUGCACAGAUAAACAUGCACCAAUUAACUGAUGUCAAGGGAAGUACUGCUGUAUACUAAAUCACUUCAGGGACACGGAUUCUGAAAUGACUUUCUCAAAUUCACUAGAACUACUCUCCUUGUGUACCAUGUUUAGUCCCCACUGGGAUGUUCUCUUUCCAAAAGUUUUGAAAUACUGGUUAGAAGAGAAUAUUUUAUAGUGCGAUAAAAGUCAUCAUUUUUAGGUAACUGCAAACAGUUGUGAAUUCAAUUUAAACCAGUUGGUCCUAGAGGAUGGUAUUAGACUAGAAAAGUAGGAGUGAUGCAUCUACCAAUCCAAGGGGAUCAAGUGCUUACUGUUAAGGUGUAAUACACUAUGUGAUGUAUCAUUUGUAUCGCUGUUAAGGUUUUAUCAGUAUUCCUAUAAUAAAUCCAUUUUUCAGGGAUUUA